UCGCUCUCGGUACACACACCCUCACACACUCUCUCACACACACUCCGUGACCUGAAAAGGCUGAGACACUUUUUUGCAACUUUAGUUUUUUUUCUCAGCUGUAAAAAAACUUUAUAUUAACAGUAACUUUGUAACGCGGAAGAGAUUAAGAAGAGUUUAGACUGAAUUCUGACAACGAAAGGGAUUAUUUCAGAAGAUAAGGCUAAACAGUUGGGAUUUUGCAUUUUUAACCCAAGGAUUACAGGUCAGAGUGUGUGAGUGUGUGUACGCUCUGCUGGGGUCUCAGUGAUGUUCUCCCACUGCUCUGUCCUGCUGCUGCUGAGCGUGUUCAGCCUGACCCCCCUGUCCCUGGCAUUGCCCUUUGAGCAGAGGGGCUUCUGGGACUUCGGCAUCGAUGGCGAUGGUGGAGGCCUGAUGACAAUGAUGAUGAGGGAUGAGGAAGAAGGCUCAGCUGUGGAAGAGCUGCCACCACCAGAAUUUCCUGUAUGUCCCUUUGGGUGCCACUGUCAGCUGAAAGUUGUGCAGUGCUCAGACCUGGGUUUGACCGAAGUCCCCAAAAACAUCCCUGCUGAGACCAAGCUGCUGGACCUGCAGAACAACCGCAUCAGCGAGCUGAAGGAGAACGACUUCAAAGGCCUCGCCAACCUCUAUGCUUUGUCAUUGGUCAACAAUAAAAUCUCGAAAGUUCAUCCCCGGGCCUUCAUACCCAUGCAGCACCUGCAGAAGCUUUAUUUCUCCAGGAAUCUGCUGACGGCCAUUCCAAAAAAUCUGCCUCCCUCGCUGGUGGAGCUGAGAAUCCAUGAAAAUCGCAUUAAGAAGGUGGCCGAGGGGACCUUCUCCAGUCUGGGCAUUAUGAACUGCAUAGAAAUGGGUGGGAACCCCAUUCAGAACAGUGGCUUUGAGCCUGGAGCUUUCAAAGGCCUAAAGCUCAACUACCUGCGCAUCUCAGAGGCCAAACUAACUGGCAUACCCAAAGACCUUCCUGAUAACCUCCAUGAGCUGCACUUGGACCAUAAUGAGAUCCAGGCAAUCGAGCUGGAGGACCUGAGCCGCUACAAGCACUUGUACAGAUUGGGCCUGGGCAACAAUCGCAUCCGCAUGAUUGAGAACGGCAGCCUGUCCUAUUUGCCAAACCUCAGGGAGCUGCAUUUGGAAAACAACCGGCUGAGUCGCGUCCCCAGGGGCCUGCCUGACUUGAAAUACCUGCAGGUGGUCUACCUCCAUUCCAACAACAUAAGCCAGGUGAACGUGGACGACUUCUGUCCCCGUGUCUUUGGCACUAAGAGAAGCUUCUACAACGGCAUCAGUCUUUAUGCCAACCCUGUCCAGUACUGGGAGGUGCAACCUGCAGCUUUCCGCUGUGUGAACGACCGGCUCGCCAUUCACUUCGGAAACUACAAGAAAUAGUCACAAGAAGGACGAAAGAAAGAGCUCAAAAUGAUGGAUACUGGACAAUGUAAACCAACUGAAGAUAGGAGGAGCCAGUGAGGAGGGAGGGGGGUUAUAAAAUGCACAAUAUACUUAGUUAAGUUAGUGUGGUCUUGAGGCUAAAGAAGACAGUCCGAAUAUAGAUUGGGGUUUUGUCAUGCUUAAAUGUGGGAAGAAUUCAGAGUGUGACUGCACAAACUGACUACGUUCCAAAGCAUAUUCACUCAACCAUUUAAUGAACUGGGAUUUAAAACAUGGCCAAUUUGCACACACAUAAAUGUUACUAUUAUUUUAUUAAAGGGCUUCUGUAAAGGGUUUCCUAGGCUAUGUUCAAACUGCAGGCACAUCAUAUUUAUGUCUAAAAUCAGAUCUGUUGAGAUGAAUCUCUGCACUGUUAUUUGGCAGAGAUCAGAUUUGCAUGUCCGAACAUCACACAUAUCUGCAUUAAUGUAAUAUCAAGUUUGGCAUCAGUAAUUAAUCACUGGUGUUUUUUUAGAUCCCUGCAUUUCUGUGAUUCUGGAAUUGAGACCAUUGAUGUGAGACACUGAAAUUUGAGCUGAGCAACCAGAGCAUACAUAUUGGGACACAUCUUUACAAAUUCAAAUCUGGUUUAAAAUGUGAUUUCUGGCUGUACAGACUAUGAAAAAUCAAUCUGGAUGUAACCUAGAUAUGCCAGUUUCUAUAUUGUCGAUAUCAGAUUUGGACCUGCAAUCUGAACAUAGCCUUGAUUUCCCAAAUAUUUUCAACAGUAGCACAAUUCAUUUAUAAUCUUAUUGAUAUUAAUGUAAUUAUUAUAUAUUAAUUAUAUAUUAUUAUUGAAAUUGACUCUCAUAAGAGGUUAAUUACAGAUUUUGAUGUAAAGUUUGUCAACGAGUGUCUUUAGGGGAGAAGCUUUUGAGCCGUGCUUCUUGUGCUUCAGGAAAGUGUUCUUCACUCAAUCAGUACUGUAUGUGAUAGAUAAGCACAUGCCUUAUUCUUCAGUCUGUCGCUUUUUUUUUUAUCAAGCAGUCUUUAAGAAAUCCAGGCCAAACAACCCUAUCAUGGAUGUCACCCAGCCUUGGACCUGGAUACAGGACUGUCUUUUCCAAUGUAUUUUUUUGCACAAUGUCUCUCCACAUUCCACGUGUCCUUCUGAUGCUCCUGUUGCUGGUGUUUCUGGGCGGUUUGACCCCGUGGUUGUGGUCACCCCGUGAGCAUGCUUUGUACUCUGCUGCUCUGCCGCAUGUUAAGAAUAAUAGUAAUAAUAAAAAGUUCAGCUUGACUUGAAGAGCAAGAAUGACAUAUGAUCCUGGUCUGAAAGCUGUGACAAAUAAAACAUAAUUUAACACAA